GCAGGCUCCUGGGAGUUGUGGUCCGGCGACGCGCAGCAUUGCAGCGGCUGCUACGGGCUCGACGCCGGCUUUGUCUGUCUGCGGGCGCGCGCCGCUGCGGUACUCCAGCCCAGCCCAUGGAAGAAUCAUACGAAGAGGCGGUGACCAAAGUCAUCGAGCAGGCGUGGACAUGUUUGGGUUUCCGACAGCCACUCUGCUGGACUGUCAUGGAAGAUACGCGCAGAAUGUAGCAUUUUUCAAUGUGAUGACAGAAGCCCACAAGUAUGAUUCUUCAGAGGCCACAGGAUCCUCAAGCUGGGAUUUCCAGAGUUCUUUCAGAAGAGAGAAGCUGGAACAAAAGUCCCCAGAUUCUAAGUCACUCCAGGAAGACUCACCUGGAGUGAGACAGAAGGUCUAUGAUUGCCAGGAGUGUGGGAAGUCUUUCCGUCAGAAAGGUAGUCUAACAUUGCAUGAGAGAAUCCACACUGGUCAGAAGCCCUUUGAGUGCACCCAGUGUGGAAAAAGCUUCAGGGCCAAAGGCAAUCUAGUCACACAUCAGCGAAUACACACGGGAGAGAAGCCCUAUCAGUGCAAAGAGUGUGGGAAAAGCUUUAGUCAGCGAGGCAGUCUAGCUGUCCACGAGAGACUCCACACAGGACAGAAACCCUACGAAUGUGCCAUUUGCCAGAGAAGCUUCAGGAAUCAGAGUAACCUUGCUGUUCACCGAAGAGUCCACAGUGGUGAGAAGCCCUAUAGAUGUGACCAGUGUGGAAAAGCUUUCAGUCAGAAAGGAAGCUUAAUUGUUCACAUCAGAGUUCACACGGGUCUGAAGCCCUAUGCGUGUUCCCACUGCAGGAAGAGCUUCCACACCAGGGGGAAUUGUAUUCUGCAUGGAAAAAUCCACACGGGAGAGACACCCUAUCUCUGUGGCCAAUGUGGAAAAAGUUUCACUCAGAGAGGGAGCCUGGCUGUGCACCAACGAAGCUGCUCACAACGGCUCACUCUGUAAGCGCUCUCUUCAAAGGCAGAUCUUCUUACAAAUUAAGAGUACAGAGUCCUCUGUAAUCAAGAAUUUUAUCCAGUGUCGUAGGGUAAGUGGAAGUUCUUUCAGAAGGACCAGCAUUUAAUAGGGCAGACUGACUUUUCCCCCUUUCCCCCAAAUGAAUAUGAAAAAUAAAUGUCCUGUUUAUCAUUA